CCGAAGCCGGAGCAGCAGCAGCAGCGGCCGCGGCCACCAAUGGGCUGGGAGAGCCGGCGCUCGGCUGCCCCGUGAAGCGCCCCGGUCGCGACGGGGAAGGUGCGGAGGAGCGGUCGCUCUUGGCCCGGCAGGAUGGCUCGUAGAGUUUCUACUGUCGGCGUGCUCCUUCUGUUUGGACUCCUGCUACCCACGGUAGAAGGCAAGAGGAAUCGUGGAUCGCAAGGUGCCAUCCCUCCUCCCGACAAAGAACAGCCCAAUGAUUCAGAACAGACGCAGGCGCAGCCAGGCUCCAGAACCCGUGGGAAGGAAAAAAUCAAAGCUCCUCCUACUGAAGAAGUCCUGGGGUCGAGCCAAGAGGCACUCCUUGUCACUGAGCGAAGGUAUCUGAAACGGGACUGGUGUAAAACACAGCCGCUCAAGCAAACCAUUCACGAAGAUGGUUGUAACAGCCUGACCAUUAUCAACAGGUUCUGUUACGGCCAGUGCAAUUCCUUCUACAUCCCAAGGCAUGUUCACAGAGAGGAAGGGGCCUUCCAGUCCUGUUCCUUCUGCAAACCUAAGAAAUUCACCACUAUGUUUGUGACACUGAACUGCCCAGAGCUUCAGCCGCCAAGGAAAAAAAAGCGGAUCACACGAGUGAAGGAAUGCCGCUGCAUAUCCAUAGAAUUGGACUAGGUGGUGCUGUGGGGGAUAAACAGCUGUCAGUUGUCUUUGCCAUCUUGAUUACAUACAGAAGCUUGCUUUUAUAUUUCUGAGUUGGAUAGAGAUCAAAGAGAAUCACAGCAAACAAUGCAUGCUCUCUUUGUGGAAGUGUGAAGUUAAGAAAUCAUGGAUAUCGAGUCACACUACCAUUUGUGGUACAAAUAGUCACUUUUAUAUCUAACAAAAAAAGAUGGGGAAAAGGUGUGUGGUCCUUGUACACAAUCCACAGGCACGGUUGGGUGAUAACUUUAUUAAACUU